UUCCAAUGCAGCAGCGACCAUGACAGGCAUCGCCGCUGCUUCUUUCUUUUCCAACGCUUGCAGGUUCGGCGGCUGCGGACUCCACUUCGACUCGCUGGCCGAGCUCAUCGUGCACAUCGAGGACAGCCACAUCGACACUGACCCCCGACUUCUGGAGAAGCAGGAGCAGCAGCAGCCGACGAAUGUUGCCCUCAGCUACAUCAACAGGUUCAUGACAGAUGCUGCACGGCGAGAACACGAUGCCGUGAAGAAGAAGGUGCAGCCCAAGUUGUCUCUCUCCCUGAUGGGGAAUCUGUCCCGCAGCAGUGUCGCCACGCCGCCUCGCCACACCAGUGGAAACCUCACCCCUCCGGUCACCCCGCCCAUCACGCCUUCCUCCUCCUUCCGGAGCAGUACGCCAACAGGUAGCGAGUGUGACGAAGAGGAGGUAGACUUCGAGGAGUCUGACAGUGAUGAAUCGUGGACGACAGAGAGCGCCAUCAGCUCGGAGUCCAUCCUCAGCUCCAUGUGCAUGAACGGAGGAGACGAGAAGCCUUUCGCCUGCCCUGUCCCGGGCUGUAAAAAGAGAUAUAAGAAUGUGAACGGGAUCAAGUAUCACGCCAAGAACGGCCACCGAACCCAGAUAAGGGUGCGCAAACCCUUCAAGUGCCGGUGUGGGAAGAGCUACAAAACAUCUCAGGGUCUCCGCCACCACACCAUCAACUUCCACCCACCCAUCUCUACCGACAUCAUCCGUAAGAUGCAGCAGUAGAGGCUCAGCGAGUGACCAGCACUCUCCUUCAGGCCACUUCCCGACCCUCCCAACACCACCAUCACCAGCAAUGGCUGUUAGUCAUUCCACGUCAUUCCUCUCAUCUUCUGACCCCAACCCCUUCUCUUACCCCACUUCACCAUGACUCUUUUUUUUAAUGCAUGGAAUUAAAUGUAUUAUUAUUCAUCCUUAUUUCUUAUUCAGAAUAUUGAAUCUUUAUGUAGUUCACAGUUUUGUAUUUUGCACAUUUAAGCUAUCAUUUAUCCAGUUAGAUUUUUUUUUUUUAAAUAUAUUUGGUGCUCAUUGACGAUGAGGACUUGGAGCCUACACAAUGGCCACGAUCGGUGAUGAGUAGCCUUGCGUGUACAGUAGGGCGUCCUACUGUGUUCGUUGAGAAACGAGGCACCGUUAACUUGCCUCAGCCUCAUGUGAGCCAAAAAAUGUGACAGAGGCAAAUGACAAAAUCAGAAUGUGUGUGGUAUUACACUAUUUCACUUUUGUACGUUUCAUUCUCUAUCAGCUUUGCUGUCUAUGAUCCGAUUUAGUCAUUUUUCAUAUCAAGUAUUACAAACCUUGUUUUUUUUUCAUCCGUUUUACUGCAAACAGUUGUGUGAGCGCCAAAGGAUGAUCUCAGGUGACGUUUGAAAGCAUUUCAGCACCACAGUCCUGCCCAAGUGUUCUCAUAGUAUUCAUGCUGUCGAAUGGGAUCAUGGGAACUCUGUGCGUCUUAAUCACUUUCCUAAAAAGACAUAAGCAGUUGUCCUUACUAUUUUACGGUGAGGGAUUGAAGCACUUUUUGUAACAAGUUGCCAACAAAUUAGCAUUUUCUUUUUCCUGAUUCCCUCGUUUCUGGUGUGUGUACAGUAGCUGCCGGAACGAGGCCAAAGGCCUUCGCAGCAGAAGUGCAAGUUCUGCGUUUGCUCAUGAAUCGACAAUGAGCCACUAGGUAACAUCUCCACUGCAUGGAUGUUAGUGUUAAGGAACUGUUGUGACAGUAUUGUACUGCCAGUAUGGGGAUAAGUCUUUGAUAUAGUGUACAGUGAGUGUAUUGUCAUGUGUUAAGUGCAUUAAAUUAUAUUUUCAUAUGUUUCUGGAGUUCAAACUCCAAUCAUAUAAUGUGUAUGAAAAGGCAAAACCAGAGGUUGUUUGGAGAAACUAAUGGUGAUGUACUGGAUUUUCUUCAAAAAAAAAAGCUGCUUCAUGUAAACUUUUGUUACGUUUAGAAUAAAAGUUCCUCUAAUGUGUGCCUAAAGA